AUGGAGACCGCCCAAACGAAGGAACCGCAGCAUCCAGCCUCGGUGAGGGCUGCCGACAUACCCGACACGACCGGUACGUCGACAAGUAAAGACGCGGGGAAAUCCAAGCACAAGAAGAAAAACAAGAAGGGUUUGCAGAAGGCUACCUCCCAUUUACCUUCCCCCACGUUAACCCCGAGCGACCUCCCCCCGAAACACGACACCGAUACAAGCAUUCCACGAACCCGAACCGUCUCGAAUCCGCCCAUCGGUGUCCCAACGCCAGACCCGUCGAGCGAGAGUCAGAGCGAUGGAGAGUCGCCAAACAAGCCGGCCGUCGCGAGCGAUCCGGCGGCCGGAAAGGAUCCCAAUAGCGUCACGAAAACCCGAAGCAGAUCCAACACCAAAACGAGCAACCCGGACGGUGUGAGGCGCCUAUCGGCCUCCAAGAUACAGGAAUUGACUGCUGCUCCUGAGUCAUUGCCCGUAGGCGCCGCGCCGGUACGGGCCGCAGGCGAACCUCCCCUCACUGCUGGUAUUGCGGGGGCAAGCAGGCGGCUCUCACGAGCAACAGAAGAGCGGCCAUCACAGCCGCUAGCGCCCGCGAGUUUUCCGCAACUUGGGGAACCCGAGGAUGCAGUGGCGGUAACGACAGGGCACGGCCGUCCCAGCAUAAGUGGCCGUACACUGUCCACACCACCCAUGGGGCGACGUAGGACAACGACCCAGCCCACACCACAGCACUCGCCCCGCCGAAACUCGUUCCAGCCCGGCCCCCGGCCUGCGGCCCCCGAACUUAGCAGUCGGAGCAACCACGCUCCAUCAACAGACCAAACAAAUGGGCAGACCCGGAACGAAAACGCCGGACGGGCCCCUCCAUCGCCGAUCAUUGCUCCCGCGAUACCACUACCUCCCAUGUCCAUACCUACGCUGCUUCAGCUGGAACUUGCCGCUCAGCGGCCCAGCCCCCUUUACAUCCACCAGUCGUACACAAGCGACAUGCCCUAUGAGUCCAGCGCUAUCAAGUUUGAACGGCUCAAGAACUUCCUGCUGUUGCCUUUUUACCUCGAGGGCGGCAUGGCGUUUGGUGCUGCGGCCUGUUUUGAUGCUUGGCUCUGGACAUUCACUGUGCUGCCGAUGCGCUUCUGCAUUGCAGCCUCCGUCCUAGUGGGUUGGUGGGCAUAUGUCAUCGGGAAAGAGCUGCGUUGGCUGGUCGGGUUUGUAUGGUAUGGACUCGGGCGUAUGUGGCAGAGAGGUCGUCGGGGCCCGGCUGAAUCGAGUGUCGGAGGGUUAGAAGCCCGGGCUGGGGAAUCAAGAAGCCGAAGCCGAGUGCGAGAGGGGGCCGAUAACAAGACGUACACCUCGGAGGGUAGCAGAGCCGGAUCCCAAGCCUCCUCCCGCCGUCGAGGCCAGCGCCGCCCGUCCGGGGCCGCAGGGAACAACUCAGCUCCGGCAAAGCAGAGCGGCCGGGCGCCGGGCACACUACGGCACCGUCGGACCAAGUCGAGCCCAUCCAACUUAACUUCCUUCCACAAGGCUGAUCUCCUCCAAGGUGCCAUCCUCAUUUGCAGCUCCGUGGCCCUCAUGAACCUCGAUGCCAGCCGGAUGUACCAUUUUAUCCGCGCGCAAUCCGCCAUCAAACUGUAUGCCAUUUACAAUCUCCUCGAAGUAGGCGACCGACUACUCUCAGCUUUAGGACAGGAUAUCUUCGAGUGUCUCUUUAGCACCGAGACACUGUCCCGGAAUAGCUCCGGUCGGUCCAAGGUAAUGCUGCCACUUGGCAUGUUCCUGCUGGCACUCGUGUACAACGUCCUCCACGCCGUCAUUCUCUUCUACCAGGUCAUCGCACUCAACGUGGCCGUCAACUCGUACUCCAACGCACUCCUCACGCUGCUGCUCUCCAACCAGUUCGUCGAGAUCAAGAGCGCGGUGUUCAAGCGGUUCGAAAAGGAGAACAUGUUCCAGCUCACGUGCGCCGACAUUGUCGAGAGGUUCCAGCUGUGGAUCAUGUUGAUCAUCAUUGGGAUGCGCAAUGUUGUCGAGGUCGGUGGGUUGUCAGUGCCCGGCGCAGGCAGCGAGGACAACGGCCCUAGCAGCAUUCCGCUCCACACUUCGUCGAUUCUACCUGCCAGCUUCACUAUUCUCCCAUCAUGGCUGUGGUCCGGUGAGGUGCUUUCUCCCUUCAUCGUUGUCAUAGGCAGCGAGAUGAUUGUCGACUGGAUUAAGCAUGCCUACAUCAACAAGUUCAACAAUAUCCAGCCGGCGUUUUACUCCCGGAUCCUCGACAUCCUGUGUAAGGACUAUUACACCAACGCGUUUGUAACACCCACCCUCACCCGCCGUUUGGGCCUUCCCCUCUUCCCGCUGUCCUGCCUUUUCAUCCGCGCCACGGUGCAAAUCUACAACAUGUUCCUAGCCACGCACCUCCCCACACCUCUACCUCCCACCACCCAAACCUCCCUGUCUGUCGAGAACGCAGCCCCGUCCCCAGCCAUGCUUGCCGCCCUCGACCGCAUCGACCACCUGAUCCGCAACGCCCUCGGCCGCUCCGUAUUCGGCUACCCGUACGCCGACUUUGGCGACAACGCAACGGCCGGCUUUUCCGGCGCUGCCGGCACUGCGUCCUACCCCGGCCGAUGGUUCUCAUAUCUCCCAUUCUCCAGCGACGACAUCAUCGCAGCCGUGACGAUGGUCGUCGUUUUCCUCCUCAUCUUCCUCGUUCUGUUGAUUGUGAAGCUCGUCCUGGGCAUGGUCCUUCUACAGUAUGCGCGACGCCGGUAUGCACGGAUGAAAGUUAAGGAACAUGCCGUUGCAGUGGGCCAAGCGGAACGGGAGUCAUUCGACGCGCGCGGCAAGCGCAGCGGUGGAUACGGCCAGGUGGAGGUGGGGGAUGAGAGGCGGCGGUGGAUUUUUGGGGAUGAUACAGAGGGGCUAAGGAAGGCCCAGGAGAAGGAAAAACGGGCGGAAUGGAAUGUGGAAAAGGAGAAGGAGAAAGAUUUCGGGAGGGUGAUGCGGUACGAAAUGGUAGCGAAGCGGAUUUGGUAG